CAGCAACAACUGUGAUCAUUCAUUCUUCUAAUUCCACUCUCUCAUUCACGUACUCUGUGAACUCGUCCAGUGGUCAGUCAGGGCAAAACAGCUGUUAUGUGUCACUCUAUGUUCUGGGUCAGCAGCCCCCAGAAUAGCAUGAAGACAGACUCCUGCAAGACUUCUUGAGCUGUUCUAUUAAGGAUAUAGAUCAUAUCUGGAGCACUUUACUGAAAUCCUCAAGCUUGGAUGGAGGAUCAGGACAGAGUCAGUCAGGCCUCCAGCAGCGCCACAGUGUCCUUUCUGCCCAUCAGAGACAAGAGUCAUGAAAGAGUGCAGACAUUUGGAAAGAGAUGUCAGGCGGCAAAGAGAGACCCCAACUGCCCUGUGGUGAUCAGAGGAUGGCUGUACAAGAGGGACAGCACUGGACUGAAAUUGUGGAAGAGAAGAUGGUUUGUUCUCUCUAAUUACUGCCUGUAUUAUUAUAAAGACAGCCGUGAGGAGUCUGUUCUGGGCAGUAUUCCUCUUCCCAGCUACAGGAUUCUGUACUGCUCACCUAGAGAGUGCAGGAACCGCAAAUACGCAUUCAAGGUUGUGCAUCAAGGGAUGCGGCCAUACAUCAUGAGUGCUGAGACGCAGGAGGACAUGUUGGGCUGGGUCAGGGCUCUCAGCCAAUCAGCAAGCAUGGAGGCUGAUGACAUCAUCAACAGACGCUGUGCCAGUUUUCAGGACUUCACUCAGAUGGGAGAUAAUGCUGAAAUGAUGGAGCUUCAGCACAUGACCACGUUUCCCGAAAGAAACGCCCAGGCUGGAACAAAACUGACAAGGGUGCAGACAGAACCUUCUCUAAUAGAUCAAGAUAUGACAGGAAUUAAAAUGAAGACACCAGAACUGAGAGGAAGACAUGAGAGCAGACCAAUUGCAUCUGAAGCUACUGAGCAUUCUCCAAGUUUGGCAAAUGCAGAUGAGGAACCUCUUUCCUUCCUACAUCCAAGAGCAGCCUUCAGGCAGCCUCCGUUUCCCAGAGAUCAGUAUGGGUCAGUGUGUCACGGUCCUAUGGGCAGAGCAGACGUUUGGCCUAUGGAUAACUGCUCCAGUGCUCCAAUGUCACCAUGCAUCUACACAGAGAGAGGACAUCUGCCCGACAAACCUUUUCCACCUGAGUUUCCAUGUUCUGUGUGCUACUCUUCCAACUACCACACGGCUGAACACACGGCAAUGUGCAAGGCAGGAAAAUCAGACAUCCUCAUGGAGAGAGAAAUACAGCCAAUCAGAGAUCUGGAAAACGAUACAGAUGUGGUUCUCACUCGUCUGUGUGGCUGUGAUAAACUGCUGCAGUCCGUCUCUAUGCAGCUGGCUCAGUUACAAGCAGAUAAGAAAAGCGUGGAGUAUGCUUUAGAAAUAAAAUGGCUGGGGAUGGAAGAUGGACUUCCUGGAAAUCAGGAAGUAUCCCAGAAGACAUUGCUUCAGGAGGAGCUGGUUACACUCAGAGCCAGAAUAUGCGAUUUGUCAUUGGAGAUGGACAGAUUGUGGAGUGAUUAUGAACGGAUGGAGAGCGAGUUGUCCGUUUUCCAUUCUCAUCUCCAACACAUCCUCCAUUUCGGAACGCCGCAGGAGCAGAUUCAGGCACAGAGGCAGCUCUGGAUGAUGGAGGAUAUCUUGUGUGGUUUGAGGGUGAACAAGAACCGCUUUAUGGCCUUACUGGGUAUACAGACUCAGGGGGUUCCUCAGUCAAAACCAGUUUCCUACUUUGAGGGCGAGUUAGGAGGCCUCAACAUGGAGUGUGUGACCGAAGGAGAGCAGCAGGACUACAUGAAGAUUCACCAGAGUUAUAAGAGAUGGACCCAAGAGAACCCUGCCAAUGACAGCAGGUCGAGUGCUGAACACGAAGCCCCACACGAACCCCUGCGCCUGACCCGUGUCGUGACAUCUACCCUUCCGACGUCGCUAAUCGCCGAGCGCAUUUUUGUAGACGACCCCUAUCCUGAGCUGCCCGAGCAAAUCACCCUUCAGUCAGGACUGAGGUACAGCCAGAGGAGCGCUGAGAAGAAACCCAGUAGAACGAUGCAUGAGACGGCCGACAAGAACAGACACUUACACUGGGCCGACAGACCUGAAGAGAUGUUGCAAAAGAAACCGCCUCAAAAUCCCAGAGAAAAGGCACUGGCUGACAGAAAGGUCUGGACACACCAUCAGCAGGAGCUCGAGCCUGAAGCCUUGUGCCUUACAAACUCUGAGUCUGACUGCGACGCUGCCAUGAUCUCUCAGAAACGCCAGACUAAACUCAGACAAACGGAUAAAAGAGACAAAAGUAUGAGUGCAGCCAGAGAGCACUUCAUAGACGACAUUCAUCCCUUGAAACUCAUUACAGCCAGUGAAAAAGAGACAGAUGUCCAGAAAUACACAGCAGAUUCUGCUGUUGUACAUUUGAGCAAUGGCUACAGCAGUGAUAGACGCAAAUUUAAAAGCCACAGCAGAGAGUCGGCCAACUCAAUAAUGCCACAAAGUGAUGACGUAAAUGUGCGCAAUGAAAUAAAGGACAAAACAGCACAACAAUCAUCUUGCAAUGACAUCAUUGUCAUAGAAAGCCACUCCAUCAAUCAUAUUUCAACUCUAACGGUGUUUAAGGGACAUCAGGGAAACAAUCAAACACACAAACCUCAUAAAAAGAACAGAAGUUCUGACCGACAAAAGCUGUCAGUCUCGGCUAACGUCAAAUCUGAGUGCUUUCUGUCAAAUAACCGACGGUGCGAGUUAGUCCCGGUCUAUGUGCACGACGCAAAACCUCAAGCAUCCAUUACUCCAGUGGAAAAUAAACAACCAGACCAGGGAACCAAUCAAACGCUUGAUAAACCAGUGGGAGGAGACUGUGGGCGGAGCCAAUGUCCCAAAACUACAUUCGAAAAGGAACAUAUUGGCCAAACAAAUGGAAAAAGUUGCACUGACCUCAAAAUAAUGCCUGAUCAACCACUAAACGCUCAGCCAACAACAACAUCUGUCAAUCAACUGACGUCCAACUCUGACCAAUCCAAACCCGAGCUGUGCAUCUAUGAGGAAAUCCAGUUUUGCUCACCCAGAUCAGGAGAUGAUUGCGAGAAUCAGAGGGAUCAAAUCAGUGGAGAUGAAACACGGCCAUCAAACCUCACAGUAAAUGAGUCUGGACCAUCUCACACUGAGGUCAAUGGGGAGAACAGUACAAAAAAUACAAGUCGAACAGGAAGUGAUGUCACGUGCAAGAGAGGGAAAGAGCAGAAAGUUUACAGCUCUGUCAUGAAGAGCUCAGUAAUAAAUCAUCAUGUCCAGGACUGCAGGCCGCGGAUAACCGUGGUCAGCACCAGCCUGUAGAUAUGAGUGAGGCUGAAGAAAGUGUGAGGGAAAGAGGCAAUCAGACACAAACGAGUAGGAAUAUCAGAAGUGAAUGGAUAGUAAAGGGAUUGAAUAGGAGAUUAAAUUACCAUUGCCUUCAGAACAGCUUCAAUCCUUCAUGAAAUAUAAUCAUAUCAUGCUGAUCUGUGUGUGUGCCACUGCACCAAGAAAAGCAUGGAGUGUAGUUUUAGUUGAGAAUAGGUCAUUUUGUGUUAUUUUUAUAUGUAACGUGUUUAUGUCCUUGUUAGAGUGCCCGACUCCCAUGCCGACGGACCUGGGUUCGAGUCCAGCUUAAAGCGGGCGGUUCGAACAGGAGGGGUUACAUAUACAUCCACAUUAAAUCUCCUGACCACUAAGAUAAUACCUCUAAAUGCAUACAAACUCUUGACGUUUUUAAAAUGAACUGGAAAUAUUACUUACAUGAGCAUUAAUCAGUUAUCAACUUUGUGAUUUGUAAGACCAGUUAUAGUCUAAUAUGGUAAACACAUCUGUGGCUUAUUAAUUUAGUUGCUUUCUGUGGUUUUGCCAAGUGGGACAUGUUCUUGGAUCAACAUCAUUGUCUGUUUAUUAGAUCUUUGCUAUAAACAGUUAGAUUUUAAGGUUAGGGUUAUGACUUAAGCAUAUGUAUGUCUUCAAAAUCUUAAUUAUGAUGUCACAAUUGUGACUUAGCAUGUCAUAAUAGAUUUUUUAAUGUUAGAAUUUUGACUUAGUAUGUCAUAAUUAUGACUUUGAAUUUCAUAAUUCCAACUUUUAGAAUUAUAUAAGCAUGAUUUUUUUUCUUAUGUGGCGAGUUUCCAUACUUUCCUCUUGUUAAGGGACAAAAAUAUUUGUCUGACAGGAAAUUUGGCCCAGAAGCAAAUAAAAGAUGUUGAUCCAGGAUGUUCUGCUUGGCUAAAGUCAUAUUCAUCAUGCUUAAAGGUGCUAAAGAGGAUGUUUUGUUUUAUACAUUUUUGCAAUAUUACUUGAAACUGUCUUUACUAACUGAUAAAAGACUAUUUAUUAGGUGCACUGAAAGGAAUAAUAUUAAUAU